AUGACCAUUGCAGGUGGGUCAAUGGCCAACGAGGAUGGUGUGAGAAAAGAAACGUUGAUGAUGCAUGGGGGUCGGGGCAUGGGGUUCUUCUGGGGAAAUGAAGCCAUUGUGUUAUACCCAGGAUGGCCAGGCGAGAAUGUUGGCAUGUACGCGUUGGCUUUGGUGUUUAUUUUUCUGCUCUCCGCUGCCGUAGAGGUUCUAUCCGUGCCGCCCGCAACCAAACCCCAUGCGGAGCCCGCAGUGGAAGCGCUGGCUCAGGCCGGCGUCUACGCUGUCCGCACGGCCCUCGCAUACUUGGUGGUGCUCGCCAUAAUGUCCUUCAACUUGGGAGUGUUCUUUGUGGCCCUCGCCGGCCACACCCUUGGCUUUUUCAUCAUCAAGCGCCGUGUACUUGCAAUGGCCUCCUCCCAAUCCGAGCCCGCGCCCUCCACCAACGAUGGGGUUUUACUUUGGCUUGCGAGCAGUAGGGAUAUCCAAGGCUGGAAGUUCAAUCGGAGUCGCUGAUUGCCGUGAAGUUCACCGAGGAUGGAGUAGUGGUCGUUGGACAAAUUUCAUUCUCAACCAUUGUUUCCGGCAACUCUUAUCAAUUGUUGUCAUCUGACAGACAACGAUCACAGGGAAGUGGAGACUGGAGUUUUUUUGUUUGCUUGUCUGCCCGUGUCUUUUUUGGUGGCAACCGGCAUAGGUGAAGUGCGUCAAUAGAAUGACUGAA